CAUUCACCCAACUCGCGCUCUGCAAAUCAAAACCGAGGUUAGGAGAGGAAGAAGAGAAGAUGACACAGCUUAACUACACAACAUUACUAAUUUAACAUACCUCUAGAGCGUGCCUCACCACAGACGCUCCAUCAUGCCUCAGAGCUUCCUCCCGCGCGUAGCUUCGGUCCACUUCGGGGAAGGUGUUGUUGAUGAACCACCUCGCCCCCGUUAUGUUCUUUGCCUCGAACAGGCUGCUCUGAGGCCCAGUGGGGGAAUGGGGCCCUUUCCCUUGCCAGGAGCUCGUACCUCAGCCCCCUGCUCCAACCGUCUGAGCUCAGGGUUCAGCUCAACAGGAAGAGGCUGAGGUCAUUCCGGAGUGCAGUUGCGGACUGAAGGAGGACUUCUGGUUCAUUGCAAUUACACCCCCUUUGAGCCUAAAAUCAUCCAUUAGUUGUUGAAUUAUCCAUGCAGUGGCUGCCCCUGUGAUGUCCGAAAUUCUGUUGAAAAAUGGGGAUGAAAUUUGACAGUAAUUAGAGCAUAAUUAAGCUUAAUUCAUGUAUAAAUUAGCUUGAUUUGGGUUGUUGUGAUUUUGGAGAAAGUCCUGUGAGAUUAGCUAUGGUUUUACCAAUUUUUGGAAGUGCAGUUACUGUUUAUUGCGUGAUUACUGUUUACGUGCACUAUUCAAGGAUAUUUCAUUAGUUGAAAGUUGUUGAAGUAAAUCUCUCUAGAUAAGGUUGUUGGUUUGUUGCGAACUUUCAGGAGAAUAAUUGGUAGAAUCAACAGAAUAAUCAGUUUGUUUCAGAUUUCAUGCUGCCGUUGAUUGUCAAGUUGCUGCCACAGAUUUCCAAGCAUGCUGCCAAGGGUGUUUACUGCUAUAAAGAUGCAAAGAAGAAAUGAAGCGAAGUAGACCAACCUCUCACACAACUAGCCCAGCGUUAUCUACAUUUUAGUUUUUCAAGCAAUGUCUUAGUUUAAAUUCAGUUUUCUCAAACACCUUUCCUAGUUAAGUCUUUAGCUCUACGCUGCCAUUAGUUUUAAUUCUGAUUUUUGUUAUUUCGUUUUGAACAUCUCCAUUGAUGAAUGGAUUUAGAACAUGAGAAGAUGGUAAUGUCCUUAAAUGAAAAGAAUAAAAAUGUGCACUGGAAGAUUUUUUACGAAUAUAUUCGGACCAAAAUCGGUCCGUAAUUAAUUAAUGCGCCAAAUUUUUACUGUUAAUUUGAAUCUUAUUGAUUCUGCGCUAAUUUAUUUAUAUUCAGACCGAUUUCGGUCUGAAUAUGAUUAAUGCGCCAAAAAUUUUCCCGG